UUCAACAUGCUGAUCUAUGGAUCUUAAAGAUAACAACACCUAUGCGCACUCGUCAAUUCAUGAAGUUGGUCGUCGACAACUUAACGAGAUGAAAUAAUUUCAUCCUACAUCAAAUAGAGAACCCAACUCAGACUUGCAGUAGUCAAAUGAAACAUGCUCACCGAGGACCGCGGCGCACACCCUCGGACUAGGCGGCGGGACUAGUGAUUGCAUCUGAGACUUGUGUCGCCAUUCGUGGCACCGGAGCGUGUGAUAAGUAUGGCAUCCCCGAUACUGCCAAACACGUCAAACUUCCUGGGAGUGGCUCUGGUGGUUAACCGGCUGCGCGAUGGCCCGUUGUUUGUCUUCCAGUACCCGUCUCGGAUCCUGCAGCCGCGCGCACCGUCCUCCAGCGACAGUGCUCCCAGGGAUGAGCUUGACGACGACGACGAUGAACUUCUAAAUCAGAUGACACAUCCUCCUUUCGAAGCACCUUCUGGUUCUCUCCCAAAGUCUGUUGAUCUACAGAAUUGGAACCAUGAUGAUCAUUUGGAAACCGAUAGCGGCUCUCAAAUAGUGCCCUGGGAGCAUGUAGCUGGUUACCCAACUAAAGACCUCGAGAGUCUCCUCACGCCAAGUCGAGCUUUCCACAAGAAGCUAUUUCAUGUGUCAUUAGAACAACUCUGUUUUGCAUCGUAUCCCGUCUACGUCCCAGAGAACGGAAUAUGGCGCAAAAAGAAAAAGCAGCCGAAGUAUCAAGCGCCGAAAUCGCCAGAAAACGCGGAACCCGCCAGUAAGUAUGGCGAGUAUUCGGUUUUUCAAAGCGACAUACCACAGAUCGAGACUAGAGAUAUGGCUGAGGAUGCCAUUACCGGAAAUUCACUAGAUGAAGCCGACGAGAAAAAGAGUGGCAUGACUAUGUUCAAUCUUGUCUUCAUUUUGAAUCCUAAGAAGCAUGAGGCAAGGGAGCUAGCGGAGAAUCUAUAUCUCCAUAUCAUAAAGAAGAUUAAUAAGGCCUAUAAGUACAGCCAACAGAAGAGUGAUUUUGUCUGGAAAGAGUCAAAACGAAUCUUAGCAAUGAAGGAUAAGGGCCGGGAAUCAAAAACUAAGAUGAGCACGCUAUGGAAGGAGAUACUAGAAGUCUCUUCCUUAGCUGCAUCCAUGCAGGAUGUCUACGAAGCCGUCUCCCACAACAAAAUAGCGGCACUGCAACUAGACACAGCCGAAGGCGCAGUAACGCACUCAGUUCAGAUACCCGUACCGUUCUAUAUCACGGACCUACCCCCCGAUGACGAGAGUGGCUCUAAAGGACUAUGGAUAACCACUGCCAACUCCUUCGUCGAAGAGGAUAGCCUUCACGACCCUGACUUCCUCGAUAAGAACUUCGCAUUGCUCCUGAUGAGUGACGAGAAGAAGAUCAUCGCGGAGCUCCAGGCCGACCCUGACGAAACAACGGCCGCAAUGAUCGAGUUCGUACGGCUCUCAAAGCCAACUAUGUCCUUUCACCAAAUCGGCCAAGGCACGGCCCUUUCCCCAGCGCAAGUUCGGAAGUAUGCGCAGCACUUCAUCUUCUGGCGUCGCGCCAUCGCGAUCCCGCCCUUACAUGCGCGCGACGUAUACAUCCUGUCACCGAAUAGCGAUAUGUCACGUCUACCUCGCGCAUCCCAGGCCUGGGCCAAGUGCUUCCCGCUCGCACCCCCUUUACCCGAGUUCCUAGCGAGUUUAUCGGCCGCUCCACGCUCGUACAAGUUAUUCGCGCCUAGCAAAAACCAUCGCCCGACCUACCUAGCUAUGUUGGCUUGGCUUAUGCGUGGCGGCUGGGCAGCCCAACUGUGUACUUUCGCAUAUGUCGUCGUCUGGCCCGAGAUCUUAUACGAGGUAGACUACGAGCUCGAAGCAGAGGAGAUAGAGCGCGCGCGAAACGAAGCAAAGGCCGAAGCCGAGGGAACGUCUAACGAAUCGGACACACACUCCCAAGUAUCUUCAUCGCCGCCCCCAUCAUCCCCACGCUCUGAUUCCCCCGGAUCUCCCGACUCUAACAACCCCAACCCUAACCCCGACGAAAGACCCCGAACGAGCCUCAGCAGCACCUCUUCCUCCUCCGAGCACCCAAUUCCCAUAUCCCUAACCUCCUCCACGGCAACCCUCCAACCACCAUCCUCAUCACAGUCGCACACCCAAAAGACCGCCGGAGAACAAGCAGCCGAGCAAGCACGCCUCUCCCGCCUCGCAACCCGCGCACACCUAGCCGCGGCCUCAAAAGCCGCAGCACACGCACGCCGCCCCGUCCCCCAACGCACAGCACACCCCUCCGUAAACCGAGCACCGCACCUAGCGCACCUAAGCCCCUACGUAAUCGUCGACGCCGGCCGCGUCGGCGAGCGGGACUCGCGGUACCUCUCCGCGAUCGGCCGCCGCCUGCCGGAGCGGGUAACCCACGCCUCGAGCGGCGCGCUAGCCGUAACCACACGUCCCAACACGCGCCCCAGCAGCAGCAGCAACACCGCCGCCGACGCAGGAAAAGGGAAAGAAACAACCGAAGGGAUAAAAAUAGGACCAAGCAGCAAGCCCAGUAAAGGGGGGUCAGGACCACCGCUGAACCCGCGAACCGCGUGGCCCGUCUUCUGGAAGUACUUUGACGGGCGCUGGGCACUUGAGCGCGUGGCUUUGCACGAGGACAUGAAGCGUCGGGACGCGUGGAACUUGCUUAAUUCUAUGAGCGAGUAUUUGUUGACUGUGAGGCAUUGGUAGGCAUUGGUAGGUUUAGGUUAGGUUAGGCUAUGUGCUUACGUAUGUGUGUACAUAUAUGGUUACAUAGUUGGAUAGGUAUCCGGUAUCUAUGUACUCGAGCUACGUGUAAGAGAGUAAAUCCGUUUAUAGUGAGGUAUAUGGACGGGCGGGAAAGGUCGGGUUUAUGAUUCCGGGGUCUUCCCGCUUUGAUAGAUACCUAUCUCCUACCUGAAGAGAUAAAUUUGAACCUGGAACGAAGUUCUAUAGGCAUUUCAAGGCGAACAGCAAUAAAUUCACAUGCAGGCAAGCAAGCAUAGGCUUAUGUGGAUAAAUAUGAUUAUUAGGGUUAACCCG